UAUUUACUCUUUCAGCCUUUGUUGACCCAACCCUUAAAAGUGUUCAGUUUCAGCUGAAAUCGUGAGUAGAUUCCGGCGAUAUGACCGUCGGAGAUUCGCCGGCGGAUUGGCCUCCUCCUGGAUGGACUGAGGAUGUCAAAAUAACUAGCGGAAGAAAAACCAAGUACUACACACAUGUGGAAACUGGGAAAAAGUUCUAUUCCAAGAAGGAAGUCACUCGGUAUAUGAACACAAAAGAUACUUGCCAUGAUGUAGCGCAAGUACUGAAUCAAGAUAAGAGUAGCACCGAGAACAAUGUUAGUCAAAUGAAUCAUCAAGAUAAGAGCUUCUCUGAGAACAAUGUUAGUCAAAUGAAUUAUCAAGAUAGGAGCUGCUCCGAGAACAAUGUUAGUCAGAUUGUUGAGGAAACAAAGAAAUCUCCUGAGUGGUUACCUGCAGGUUGGAUAGUUGAGUUGAAGACUCGUAAGUCUGGCUCCAAUGCUGGUUUGGCUUACAAGGUUUACAUUGAUCCAUCAACUGGAAACAAAUUCUAUUCAAGGCCGGAAGUAUCUAAAUAUCUCAAAACUAUGAAGCAGAACGACAUCACAGGAGAAGAACAGAUACAUGGAACUGGUGAAGUAUCCUCUUCAAAUCAAAAAGCAUCUGAGAAUUCCAAAGAUAUCGGGGGCCUGAGUCGCAUAUCCAAAAGGCAGAAAUCUGACGGCAAUCGGCCCUCGCAUGACAUCAAGGAGGGGUCAUUUUCCAAGCGGAAACCAUCUCAGGAUUCUGAAGAAGUUGGGGAACCGAGUUGCAUAUCCAAAACACAUAAAUCUGGCAUUAACAGGCCCUCUACAAAGACUUCUGCUUCUCAUGGUGCUGGAGAGGACUCCUCUUUAAAUGAGAAAGCAUCUCUAAAUUCCAAAGAAAACGGGGUACAGAGUCCCUCAUCCAAAAGGCAGAAACCUGGCAGUGACAGUCCCUCUGCAAUGACUGUUUGUUCUGUUGCAGUUGAUUGCAAUUCAGUGGAUGAAUUACCCCCAGGCUGGAAAAAAGAAGUCAUAAUUCGACAAACUGAUCGUGGGAUAAGAAAAGACCCGGUUUACACGGAUCCAGUGCAUGGGUAUAAAUUUCGCUCCAAAAAGGAAGUUUUCCGCUAUCUACAAACCGGAGACACUAGUAAGUGUGCUAGAAGACAUUCUAAAAGGAAUGUAGCUUCAACUAUGAAGGAUAAUUCUCACACGACAGAUGAUGCCAGUUUGAAGAAAUCAGAGUGCUUUGUGACAGGAAGACAACUUUUUGCCACUGAGGAGGCGAAAGGGGAAAAUAGUUUUGUUACUUGCUCACCUGCACAGCAAGUUGAGAGUUCCAAGAAACUUCCUGACUGCAGUGUGUCUGAUCCUAACAUCAUCAUCACAUCCAUUUUAGCUGAGAUAAAUGAGAACCAUUCCUUUGAAGAUGUAAAUGAAGAUGCUGAAAUAGGAACUGUAAGUGUUGGUGUUGAAACGCUAUCAGCGGUUUCCACUCAGUCAGAUCUCCUCCCAGAGCAGCAGCUACCAGAAAAUGAGCAGGAAAAGCAUAAUUAUAAAGCAGGGACGCAGCAAUCUGGAAAAUCCAGAAAUCCAAAGUCACUUAAACCUGGUCGUCGGGUCUCCAAAAGACUUGCAGGUCGAGAACCAGAAGCAGCGACCGACUUGGAUCUAGGUGAACAUGCUCUUCCAGCUGUAGUUGAGAAAUCUGCCUCCCUGAAUGUCUGUGGUCAAGAAUUGCUCCAGCACUCCGAUCCUACACCGGAAACUGGUAACUCUGAUCAGGCUUCUUUGAGUGGAGAAGCUUCAGUGGAUGAAUUACCCCCCGGCUGGAAAAAAGAAAUCAAAGUUACAAAAAAGGCUCGUGGGAUAAGAAAAGACCCGUUGUACACUGAUCCAGUGCAUGGAUAUGUAUUCCGCUCCAAGAAGGAUGUUUUGCGCUAUCUGCAGACUGGGGACAUUAGUAAAUGUGCUAUAAAACCUUUCAAAAGGGAUCUAGAUGCAACAAUGAAGGAGAGUUCUCCCGCAGCACAUAACACCAGUUCGAAGAAAUUAGGGUGCGCUAUGACUGAAAGGCAACCUUUUGCAGCUGAGGAAGCCAGAGGUGAAAAACGUGCUGUUACUUAUUCACCUGCAGUACAAGCUGAGAGUUCCAAGAAACAGCGUGAAAACAGUGCCUCCAAUGCAAACACCAGUAUUACAUCAGCGGCUGAUAUAAACACAAAGCAUUCAUGUGAAAAUGUUAUUGAGAAUGCUGAAAUGAGUCUGGACACGGAGCCAGAAAUAAGAGACUCAAAUGCAGACACAAAAGUCAUAACUGCUGAAAGUGUGGUUGCUGAAAGGCUAUCAGCUGUUUCAACUCCUCUGUCAGAUCUACUCCCAGGGCAGCAAUUACCAGAAAAUGAGCAGGAAAAACAUAUUAAUAAAGAAACACCUAAGCAGUCGAGAAGAUCCAGAAAUAAGAAGUCAAUUACACCUGGUCGUCGGAUCUCAAAAAGACUUGUCGGCCACAGCCCCGAACCAGUGGCUAAUUUGGAUCUAGGUGAACGUGCUUUUCGAGCUGUGGUUAAGAAAUCUGCCUCUUUGGGCAUUCCCCUGAAUGACUGUUGUCAGGAACUUGCCCAGAACGAAGAUCUUACAGUAGGAACUGGCAAUUCUGAUCAGGCUUCUCUGAGCAGAGAAGCUUCAGCGGAUGAAUUACCACCAGGCUUAGAAAAAGAAAUACUUGCCCAGAACAAAGAUCCGACAGUAGGAAUUGGCAAUUCUGAUCAGGCUUCUCUGAGCAGAGAAGCUUCAGUCGAUGAAUUACCCCCAGGCUUAGAAAAGGAAACACUUGCCCCGAACAAAGAUCCGACAGUAGGAACUGGCAAUUCUGAUCAGGCUUCUCUGAGCACAGGAGCUUCAGCGGAGGAAUUACCACCAACCCGGGAAAAGGAAAUACUUGCCCCGACCAAAGAUCCUACAGUAGGAACAGGCAAUUCUGAGCAGGCUUUGAGCAGAGAAGCUUCAGCAGAUCAAUUACCACCAGGCUGGGACAAGGGAAUACUUUCCCCGAACAAAGAUUCUACUGCAGGAACUGGCAAUUCUGAUCAGGCUUCUCUGAGCAGAGAAGCUUCAGCGGAGGAAUUACGACCAGCCUGGGAAAAGGAAAUACUUGCCCCAAACAAAGAUCCUACUGUAGGAACUGGCUAUUCUGUUCAGGCUUCUCUGAGCAAAGAAGCUUCAGCGGAUGAAUUACCACCAGGCUGGGGAAAGGAAAUACUUAUCCAGAACAAAGAUCUGAGCGGAGAAGCUUCAGCGGAUGAAUUACCACCAGGCUUUACCUGGAAUAAAGGUCCGAUAUUAGGAACUGGCAAUUCCGAUCAGGCUUCUCUGACCAGAGAACCUUCAGCAGAUGACUUACCACCAGGCUUUACCUGGAAUAAAGGUCCAAGAGUAGGAACUAACAAUUCUGAUCAGGCUUCUCUGAGCAGAGAAGCUUCAGCGGAUGAAUUACCACCAGGCUUUACCUGGAAUAAUGGUCCGACAGUAAGAACUGGCAAUUCUGAUCAGGCUUCUCUGAUCAGAGAAGCUUCAGCGGAUGAAUUACCACCAGGAUUUACCUGGAAUAAAGGUCCGACAGGAAGAACUGGCAAUUCUGAUCAGGCUUCUCUGAGCAGAGAGGCUUCAGCGGAUGAAUUACCACCAGGCUUUACCUGGAACAACUGUCCGACAGUUGAAACUGGCAAUUCUGAUCAGGCUUUUCUGAGCAGAGAAGCUUCAGCGGAUGAAUUACCCCCAGGCUGGGAAAAGGAAAUACUUGCCCAGAAGAAAGAUCCUACUGUAGGAACUGGCAAUUCUUAUCAGUCUUUUCUGAGAAGAGAAGCUUCAGUCGAUGAAUUACCACCAGGCUGGAAAAAAGAAAUCAGAAUUAGGCAAAACGCACGUGGGAUAAGAAAGGACCCGUUUUACACGGAUCCAGUUCAUGGAUAUGUAUUUCGCUCCAAAAAGGAUGUUAUGCGCUAUCUGCAAACUGGAGACAUCAGUAGGUGUGCAAUGAGACCUACCAAAAGAGAUCCGGAUUCAGAAAUGAAGGGUAAUUCUCCCUCAACACGUGGUGCCAGUUCAAAGAAAUUAGGGUGCUCUUUGUCUGGAAGACAGCCUUUUUCUAUUGAGGAAUUAAAAGGUGGAGAGUGUUUUGUUACUUAUUCACUGGCACUACAAGCUGAGAGUUCCAAUGAACAUCCUGAAAGCAGCGUGUUCAACAACACCAUUAGUUCAUCUACUGUAGCUGAUACAACAGAAAAGCAUUCAUGCGGAAAUGUAAAUGUAGAUGCUGAAAUAAGACUAGACAUGGAACGAGAAUUAAGAGACUCAAUUGGAGACACAAAAGCUGUAGCUGCUGAAAGUGUUGAUGUUAAAAGGUCAUUAGCUGUUUCCCCUCAGAUGGACUUCUUCCCAGAGCUGCAAUUACCAGAAAAUAAGAAGAAAAAACAUAGUAAUAAAAAAUUGCCAGCGCAGUCGAGAAAAAUUAGAAAUGAGGAGUCAUUUACACCGGUUCGCCGGGUUUCAAAGAGACUCUCAGGCCACUACUCAGAAGUGGUGCCUGAUUUAAAUGUAGGUGAAUGUGGUCCUGGAUCUGUCUCUUCAGGCCAUCCCCUGACUGUCUCUGGUCGGGAAUUGUCCCAGCAAGCUGAUCUGGCCACUUUGGAUCAGGCCUUUCUAAGAAAAAUAGCUUUAUCACAAGAUGAUCCGUUGGAAAUUGUGAAGUGUCCUUCAGAGGGCCAAGCUUUUAAAGAGCAGAAAGCUGCGAAGGAAUUAACAAGUGAGAAACAAGAUGAUAGAAGAAUAUUGCGAGAUCCUCAGCCAGCUGAAAUAUCAUAUGAAAUCGGAAAGGUUCACUUGGAGCACCAGGUGGUUAAAGAAAGGCCUACAGCACAAGACAGUCAGAAGAGAUUAUUGAACAAUUCUUGGCCAGCUCAAUUAGCAUGGGGAAAUAGGGUACUCCCUGUGGAGAACCAAUAUGUUUCAGAAAGGUGUUCUGUAGAGCAGGUAAGUGAGAAACACGAUUAUGAGAACAUGCAAUUGCGAGAUUCACAACUAGGUGAAUCAUCACAGAGAAGUAGAGAGCUUAAUGUGGAAAAUCAGCCUGUUAGAGAAAAGCAAACAGGAGAGCUAGUAACUGAGAAUCAAGAUGAGCAGAGCAGAAGAUUGCAAGCACAACUAGCUUCUUACCCAUUUGGGGAUUAUUGGUCAGACCCAUGCAUGGAAUUUGCAUUCAAGACCCUUACUGGUGCGAUACCAGUAGAAGAUACCCUCGCCUUUCAAGGAUCUUCCCAGCAAGAAUUCAAUACUUCUUACACUCAGGCUGAUGAUGGGUGCUUUGAACUGCCAUUAUUCAACACUUCCAGCUUUUACAUGAAUGAUGUUCCUAGCCAUUGCACUCCAUCAGAGGAGCGCGUUCCGCUGGAGCAACCUCCAAUAACUCAAACCUUUUUGCCCACUGGAAGUAAUAGCAUGCCAGGUUGCAGUAGUGUUGUUUCUCAAAGUCCAGGUUUGGACACCCAGGCUAAGGAUUAUCAAUCUAAAGUUAAAUCGCAGUGUCCAGGUAUGGACACCCAGGCCAAUAAAUCAAACUUUUUUGCCCACUGGAAAUAAUAGCACACCGGGCUGCAAUAGUGUUGUUUCUCAAAGUCUGCGUUUCGACACCCAGGCCAAGGACUAUCAAUGUAACGUCAAGUCGCAGAAGUUGGAUCAAGUAAUAACAUGGAACUGCUCUUGUUUGUGUGAAUGCAUUUUUGUGCAGCUAUUACCCUCUAGCUGUUUUAAACUUUUUUUGAUGCAGUUUCUUGACUUAGGGGGGCUGUCUAUAAUUGGUUGAUGCUUCAUCAACAGGUAAUGCUUCAUCAAAUGUAUGUGGGAUGAGAUGGAUAUAUUAGAUUUGUUCGAUCCAGGUGGUCGAAAUGUAGAUGCAACUUUUUGAAUAUUUAGAUCUCAUGAUCAGUAGUACUUUAGACAAUCUUUUUCCCACUUCAAAAGGCAUAAUAGACAAAAGUUUGCUUAAUGUUUUCUGUA